UCAUCUGUGACUUGGACCUUUUCCUGUCGUCCUUGGACCCGCAAACAUUAAUUUUGUAGUUUGCCCGUUGCUUCGAAAGGAUCAGCCUUGUGCACGGUCCCGUCUUCGCUCCAUCGAUGUGGCGUGCAGCCUCCUUCGCUCCCGUGAUUACGUGAAACCUUCGUGACCGUAGAGGAGCAAAAGUUUGUCCCCUCACUGGACUAUGAGCUCCUUGAAGGAAGGCAUCGUGUCUCACUCAUCUUUCUAUCCCCAGCGUCUAGCACAGUUCCUGGGACAGAGUUUAAGUUGAAUUUUGGGACAUGGCCUCUGCUUCACCAAGGUCUGAUACUAGUAAUAACCACAGUGGAAGGUUACAGUUACAGGUAACUGUUUCUAGUGCCAAACUAAAAAGAAAAAAGAACUGGUUUGGAACAGCAAUAUAUGCAGAAGUACUUGUAGAUGGAGAAAUUAAGAAAACACCAAAGUCCAAUAGUUCUUCUAAUCCAAAAUGGGAUGAACAGCUGACUGUAAAUGUGACCCCACAGACCACAUUGGAAUUCCGCGUUUGGAGCCAUCACACUUUAAAAGCAGAUGCUUUAUUAGGAAGAACAGCAAUAGAUUUGAAACAAGCGCUGUUAAAACACAACAGAAAGUUGGAAAGAGUGAAAGAGCAGUUAAAGCUGUCCUUGGAAAACAAGAACGGUGUAGUGCAGACGGGAGAACUGACUGUCGUGCUUGAUGGAUUGGUGAUUGAGCCGGAAAGCAUAAGGAACUGCAGCUCACCUCCAGCCAUAGAAAUACAGCAAAAUGGGGAUGCCUUCCACGAGAACGGAGAGCCUUCCGCCAGGACAGCCACCAGGCUGGCUGCUGAAGGUGCUGACGGAGCAGGUGACCACGUGUCUGCAAACACUCUAGCACAGAGCGCGCGCUGCUCAUGUGUGCUGAAUGGAGACGGCACACCCCCAUGUCCGGCUCAGGGCGCUGCCAGGCCCGAGAACACACCAGCCCCAGCCCCACUCGCGUCCGAGCCUGCCGGUGACACUGUUAACGGAGAGCCACCCUCAUCGGCAGCCCCUGAGGAUGCCGCGGGGACUGCAGUGGCCUCUGAAGACACCGCCUUGUCUCCAGAUUGCACUAGUGCCGCCGCUGGUGAGGACCCGCCCGUUCCAGAAGCGCCGGCUGCCUCAGGACACAACGGGCACCUCCUUCCUGACAGUGCAGCCCAGUCUGAAGGCGGAUGUGCACUGGACCCGGCCGCGGCCGCCCCCGCCCCCGCCCCCGCCUCUGCCUCUGCCUCUGGGACCGGCUCUGCCCUUGAGGCCGCCAAGUCCAGGCAGCCGGCUGGGUGUGAGGAGCCCGCCCGGCCGCCCUCUGGGACGCCCAGCACCGACACUUUGCCCUCGGGGUGGGAGCAGAGGAAAGACCCCCAUGGGAGAACCUAUUAUGUGGAUCAUAACACUCGGACGACCACGUGGGAGAGGCCACAGCCGUUACCUCCUGGCUGGGAAAGGAGAGUGGACGACCGUGGGAGGGUUUACUACGUGGACCACAACACGAGGACCACCACCUGGCAGCGGCCCACCAUGGAGUCCGUGCGCAACUUCGAGCAGUGGCAGUCGCAGCGCAGCCAGCUGCAGGGCGCCAUGCAGCAGUUCAACCAGCGCUACCUCUACUCGGCUUCAAUGUUAGCUGCAGAAAAUGACCCAUACGGGCCUUUGCCACCCGGCUGGGAGAAAAGAGUGGAUUCAACAGACAGAGUCUACUUUGUGAAUCACAACACAAAAACCACCCAGUGGGAAGAUCCCAGAACGCAAGGCUUACAGAAUGAAGAGCCCCUGCCUGAAGGCUGGGAGAUCAGGUAUACCCGGGAGGGCGUCAGGUACUUUGUCGAUCACAACACAAGAACGACGACGUUCAAGGAUCCUCGCAACGGGAAGUCGUCUGUAACUAAAGGUGGUCCACAAAUCGCUUACGAACGCAGCUUCAGGUGGAAACUUGCUCAUUUCCGUUACUUGUGCCAGUCCAAUGCGCUGCCCAGUCAUGUAAAAAUCAACGCAUCCCGCCAGACACUGUUUGAAGACUCCUUCCAGCAGAUUAUGGCAUUAAAACCCUAUGACUUGAGGAGGCGAUUAUAUGUAAUAUUUAGAGGAGAAGAAGGACUUGAUUAUGGUGGUUUAGCAAGAGAGUGGUUUUUCUUACUCUCACAUGAAGUUUUGAACCCCAUGUACUGCCUGUUUGAGUACGCUGGCAAGAACAACUACUGCCUGCAGAUCAACCCCGCGUCCGCCAUCAACCCCGACCACCUUUCAUACUUCUGCUUCAUCGGCCGCUUCAUCGCUAUGGCACUUUUCCACGGGAAGUUCAUUGACACCGGCUUCUCGCUGCCGUUCUACAAGAGGAUGCUGAGUAAGAAGCUGACGAUCAAGGACCUGGAGUCCAUCGACACCGAGUUUUAUAACUCGCUCAUCUGGAUCAGAGACAACAACAUUGAAGAGUGUGGCUUAGAAAUGUACUUUUCUGUUGACAUGGAGAUUUUGGGAAAAGUGACUUCACACGACCUGAAGUUGGGAGGUGCCAACAUCCUGGUGACAGAGGAGAACAAGGACGAAUACAUCGGGCUGAUGACGGAGUGGCGUUUCUCUCGAGGCGUUCAGGAGCAGACCAAAGCUUUCCUCGACGGCUUCAACGAAGUCGUCCCCCUCCAGUGGCUGCAGUACUUUGACGAGAAGGAACUGGAGGUCAUGCUCUGCGGCAUGCAGGAGGUGGACCUGGCCGACUGGCAGAGAAACACCGUGUACCGGCACUACACCAGGAACAGCAAGCAAAUCAUUUGGUUUUGGCAGUUUGUGAAGGAGACAGACAAUGAGGUGCGAAUGCGACUGCUGCAGUUUGUCACCGGGACCUGCCGCUUGCCACUGGGAGGGUUUGCCGAGCUCAUGGGAAGCAAUGGGCCUCAGAAGUUUUGCAUUGAAAAAGUUGGCAAAGACACCUGGUUACCAAGAAGCCACACAUGCUUUAAUCGCUUGGAUCUACCGCCAUAUAAGAGUUACGAACAACUAAAGGAAAAGCUGCUUUUUGCUAUAGAAGAGACAGAGGGAUUUGGACAAGAAUAGACGUGACUUGUCUUGGAGGAGCUCCUGCAUUUAAAUAACCCAGCCAAGAAAAGUUGCACAGAUAAGUGGUAUAAGCUGUCCGUUCUGUACAGUGAAUUUUCUGAACGUCUCCAAGCAUAAAUGUUUUCCGUUCUUCCACAGAAAUAUGCAAGCAAAGCAAUUCAUCCUUUUCUACUUUAUUUAUUGUUCCCUUGAAGUGACUCACCAGGAAAAAGAUCCUUCUUAAAUUUUGAAGGGGAGAGACUAUUAAAAAUAGGUAUAUAUCUUUAGAAGCGUAUAUCAUGGUGGCUCUAGUUUUAUAGAGCUCCGAGUGUAUUAAACAUGACAGCCGUUCAUUCAAAAACUAUCUGGAUUUGCUUUACCUUGUUUCUCCACCCAGGGAAAACGUGGGGAUUGUUCCCCUGAGGGCUGAGACGCAUGGCUGUUCAGGAAGGUGUUAGGGCUCAGGCCAAAUCUUACACGGACUGUGUUAAAAAUGCUGCUGGCUUUUCUGAAGACAGUACUUGAACCUGUCACGUUGUUUUAAAUAAGCCCAACAGUUGAAAGUGUUCCCUCGUUGCUACGUCACUAAUACAGUCAGAGCAAUGAAUGAAACCAUGCUUCCUGAAGGGUGGUUGGGCACUAGGUCGGGUCUCCUGACUGCUCGUUUAUUCUGACUGGAAAGAACUCACGGAGAAGCAUAGAGGCUUGUUUACAUGUGACCUCGGGAUGCGAAGUAUUUGUGGAAUUAAAAAGAAUCAGGCACGCCUGUACUUUUCAAUGUGAUGUUCUUUGAAUUUAGUUCAUAAUAAAUUGAUGCAAUUUGAUACUUAGGAAACUUUUAUGCUUUGGUUUGUGUUCAAAGUUUUGGUUUCCUAAAAGCAGAUGGAUUGAAGUUUUGCAUAAGCUUUGAACACCCAAAUGAAUCUAAUGAUUUUCUAUUAGUGUCUGAGCAUCUCCAGUCCUUUAAAAUUCAUGAAAAGUCUAUGUCAUUGAAUUAAAUAAGUAUAUAAAAAAACUUUUGGUCAUCCCCCAAUUUUAUAUAGAUCAUUAUUUUUGUCCUAGUAAAUAACACUUUUUAAUUGUUUUUCAUUAUGAAGAGCAUUUGCUGAACUACAAAGAUGUGUAACAAAUUAAAAUCUGGUGUGAAUGAUAUUAAUGCUACCUUAGCAAACUGGGCUUCCUUAUUAGUAUAAAAAUAUAAAUUUGUAUAAUUUCAAUAUGGACUGUAAAUUUCAUUAACUUAAAUUUUUUUAUAACCACAGAAGUGACAUCUUAGAAGGUUGUAACAUAUUUCACUGCUAAGUACAUACGAAAAAUAUUAGUAUACAAUUUAAUUUCCCUAAACAGUUUGUUUUGCCAAAAUUUUAUUUUUCUAUAAAUUUAGAUUGUGCUCUGCAUUUUUAUUCAAAACUCACAGUGAACAUGCAAUAAAGGCAGUGCUCCGCUGGGUUGAGUAGA